AUGCCUCACAAUUACAAGGCCGCCCACGUCCGAUUCGACCCGGUUCCGGAGGUCCACAAGAUCCACAAGGACCAAGCUCCCCGCCCCCAGCAGCCCAAGGUGCCCGACUUCCGGUUCUGCGUCGAGCUGGGGCUGGUAGUCCGCAGCCGCACGUACAAGCACGCGAGCAGCGCGGGCGUCGAGGAGGAGAUCAGCGCGCGGCUGGCCAAGUCGGGAAUCGCCAAUCACGUGACCGGCACCAAGGCCGAGAGCCAGACGGAGUGGACCGUAGCCAAGGACCUGGCCAUCCCGUCGCACCCGCGCGACCACAAGUUCGGCGUCAAGCUCGUGUCACCCUUCUGGCGCUUCUCGCGCCACGACACGUGGAUGCUGCACCUGCGCGGCGUGCUGCAGACGCUGCACCACAGCUUCGAGGUCACGGCCACGCACCAGUGCAGCACCAGCAUUCACGUCGUGCCCGCGUGCGGCUUCUGGCGCCUGUCGCAGGCCAAGGCCCUCGCCAAGAGCGCCGUCUACUUUGAGCGCUGCUUCGACGCGCUGGUGCCCCCUUACCGCCGCCGCUCCGUGUGGGCCAAGAGCAACCGCCACAACGCGCACAUGGGCCGGCUGUCGACGACCGAGUGCUUCGAGAGCAUCGUGGCGCAGAAGUCGUUCGCGCAGCUGGGCGCGUGCAUGAACUGGUGCGCGGCGGACUCGGCCACGGGCGCGGCGCUGGGCCGCACGGCCGACUUUGCGCACUCGGGCUUCCGGUGGAACCUGGCGUCGCUGAUGAGCGAGGGCGACGGGUUCGGCAGCGUCGAGUUCCGGCAGCCGGGGGCGUCGACGGCGGCGUCGGACGCCAUCGCGUGGGUCAUGAUGGUGGUGUGCUUCGCGCGGUUGAGCUGCACGUACGGCGACUCGCUCAAGCCGCGCGACCCGGCCCGCCUCGCCAGCCUCGGCGAGUGGCUGCUGUACGAGGCCGACUGCUCGGGCGUGCCCCACAAGGCCCUGCUGCGCAACAUGUUCGACGUCGCCCAGCCCGUCAAGGGCCGCGAGGCCGGCCUUGAUGCCGGCGCCAUCACCUUCGACGAGGACCAGCGCCUGCGCUUCAAGGAGAAGGAGCGCAACAUUGCCUUGGAGAAGUACCGCAAGCUGGUCAAGCACCUGUGA